UUUCUCUCUUAGUUUUGUAUUGAACUAAAAGUAAAACACAAUUGUAUCGGUGCGUGCAAUCGUGCAAUCGAGAGAGAGAGAGGGGUAGGGCCGGGGUACUUUUCUCGAUUCGAUUCACUACCUCUCUUAUCCCAUUUCUCUUUAUUCUCCCAUCAUAAGAAAAGAAGAAGGAUGUGAAAUGCAUAUUCCAUUUCCAAGAAUUGUUCUUGAUCGUUGAAUCUAUUUCUAAACGCAUCCACUUCUAUUCGAGUUCGAUACAUGCGCGUAUAGAUACAUGCAUAUUCACAUCUAAAUCAUAAGCAACAAAUUUAAGUGAAAGAAAGAAGAAAAAAAGAAAUGCAUUCCAACACGCUUAUUUAGCUCUAACUACCAGUGAAGCAAAACACGCUUUUAUUGCCUGAUGAGUUGUCCUAACGAAUUAUGGGGGUCACGAAAUUGUUACCUGCAAAAAUAAAUAAAUAGUUCCAAAAUUAAUAAUUAAUAUUUAUAAUACACUUCAAAAAAAAAAAAACAUUAUUAAUAUGACCAUACCUCGUGGGUCCCACCCAUUUUCCCGUGACUGGGCCCCACACAUUGGCACCGUGUGAUUCGCACGUCCGAAGAUAAGUGUGUGUCUAAACGCGUGCCAACCUCCCUUUACACACGCUUCCCUCGUGCGAAACCCUCCCCCCUUUUAUACCCCCUCCGCCGCAUCGCCGCCGCGAAACACCCCGCCGCUCCGAGUACACUCGAUCUGCUACUUUUUUUUUUUCCUCCGGUUCCGUGAAUUUCGGCUUGUUCGUCGCUUCCGCUCACCUCCGAUGCUUUUGAGCCAACCAGUAGGUAUUAUAGUUAACGUGAUUAUGGACGCACGCAUCUGCUUUCAUGGAAAGUAAGCUACGGAUACACAAUGUUGGAGGUGUAAACGGUGACAAGAUGAUUAUCUAUUUUUCGUAGCGGAGAAUACGAACCGGUGGAUAAGAGAGAAAAAAGGUGAUGGCAGCGGAGAUACAAAGAUUUGCCAUAAGUGAAGAAGAUGAUGAUGAAAUGGGGAUGGAUGUGAAGGAGGAAGACGACGAUGACGACGAAGACGAUGAUGAUAACGAAGAUAAGAACAUGGUAACAUCAAACCCUUCGGCGGUGGUUGGUUCAGACGUUGGCGUUUUGUCGACAAGCGGUAGUAAUAGGUUUGUUAUGCAGCAUAACCAACAAUAUCAAGAUCAACAAACUCCGCUAGGAGGGUCUCGGAGAUGUAGGCCACAGGAAGAGAAAGAGCGAACGAAGCUACGUGAGCGGCAGCGCCGCGCGAUAACGGCAAAGAUUUUGGCUGGGCUUCGUAGACACGGUAACUAUAAUCUUAGAGUUAGAGCCGAUAUUAAUGAUGUCAUAGCUGCUUUGGCGAGGGAAGCCGGUUGGGUUGUUCUUCCGGAUGGAACCACCUUUCCCUCAAGAUCACAGAAUACAAGAACUACUGGUGGUGGUGCACCAACUACGGCUGUGACGUCAUCAUCUGCACAAAUGCCAGCACAACAUUCGUCUCCUAAUUCAUCGAGAGGCAUCUCUCCAGGCUAUAGGGGCGCGGUUGAUUAUAAUGCAACUCACAUGAAAGUUGGUCUGCCCCCGACUUCAUCUUCGUACGAUGCAUCAAAUGGCGCUAGGUCUCAGACAUCAGCUAUGAUUGGGGAUGGAGGUGACCUACAUAAUGAUCCUCUUCUUGGAAUCUCCAUUGACAACGACAACAACAGGCAGGUUGUUGACAUGCCAACAAAAUUACAGGAGCGGGAUUUCGCCGGCACACCUUAUGUUCCAAUUUAUGUUAUGCUGCCUUUGGGUGUCGUCAAUAUGAAGUGUGAGCUUGUUGAUCCAGAUGGUCUAGUGAAGCAAUUAAAAGUCUUGAAGUCAAUUAACGUUGACGGUGUUACGGUUGACUGUUGGUGGGGUAUAAUCGAAGCACAUGCACCCCAGGAGUACAACUGGAAUGGCUACAAGAGAUUAUUUCAAAUUCUAAGGGAGCUGAAAAUGAAACUUCAGGUAGUGAUGUCCUUUCAUGAAUGCGGAGGUAAUGUCGGGGAUGAUGUGUGUAUCCCCCUACCCCACUGGGUGGCUGAAAUUGGUCGAACCAAUCCGGACAUAUUUUUCACAGACAGAUCCGGGAAACGUGACCCGGAAUGCUUGUCUUGGGGGAUUGACAAGGAAAGAGUUUUAAGGGGCCGGACUGCCGUAGAGGUCUACUUUGAUUGCAUGAGAAGCUUUCGGGUUGAAUUUGACGAGUUUUUCGAGGACGGUAUGAUAUCUAUGAUUGUAGUUGGACUAGGACCUUGUGGAGAGUUGAGAUACCCUUGUAACCCUGUGAAGCAUGGCUGGAGAUACCCCGGCAUCGGUGAAUUUCAGUGCUAUGAUCAAUAUAUGUUGAAAAGCUUGCGUAAGGCAGCUGAGUUAAGAGGACACUCUUUUUGGGCUCGAGGGCCGGAAAAUGCUGGUUCCUACAAUUCACGGCCACACGAAACUGGAUUUUUCUGUGAUGGGGGUGAUUAUGAUGGCUAUUACGGCAGGUUUUUCCUUAAUUGGUAUUCUCAGGUUUUAGUUGACCACGGUGAUCGAGUCCUUUCUCUGGCCAAAUUAGCUUUUGAAGGAACUUGCGUUUCCGCAAAGCUAUCCGGUUUUCACUGGUGGUACAAGACAGCUAGUCACGCAGCAGAAUUAACUGCCGGAUUUUAUAACUCCUCCAAUCGUAAUGGCUAUGCUGCUAUUACGGCAAUGCUAAAGAGGCACAAGGCUGCUCUAUGCUUUACAUGUUCCGAAACGAGCAUAGAUAUGGACUUGUCUCAGUCUCUGUCUGAUCCCGAGGGAUUAUCUUGGCAAGUUGUGAGCGGUGCUUGGGAUGCUUGUAUACCAGUAGCUAGUGAAAAUUCAUUUCCGUGCCAUGACAGACAAGGGUAUAGUUAUUUAUUGGAAAGGGCAAAGCCGAUGAGUCAUCCAGACGGGAGGCAUUUUUCGGCUUUUACCUAUCUGAGACUCAGCCCACUUCUCACCGAAAGACAAAACCUAAUCGAAUUCGAACGUUUUGUCAAGAGAAUGCAUGGGGAAGCGCUUCUCGAGUAUCAGAGAUAGUUCGAGUUUCGGACAAAGAACACUGACAUUAGCUUUCUAAUAUAAUUAGGUACACAUCUGUAAAGGAAUCAAAGCAAGCGAUAAUAUCUCGAGUAAUAUUGUAUGUAAUUUGUGUGUAAUGUAAUGAGGAUGAUGUAAGAGAUUCUGCAGAUUAGCUGAGUAUGAGGAUGGGCUGUAUUUAUAUCGAGAUGAUUCGACCGAAUUACGAGCUUAAAAUUUGGGGGAAAUGAUUUUAGGGAUUUCGACGA